UGAAGGAAUUUCACCUACAGCAAGAUCACCAGUCUGCUCCUUAAACCUGUUUGAGCACCAGGACCCCAAAGUCAUCAUGAGAUCUCUUCAGCAACAUCUCCUGCUGUUGAUGUCAAUCCUGUCACUCGAUCAGGUGACAACAGCACAAAUGGCCCCAGGGAAUUUCUAUCCAUUCGAUUCAGUCGCUGGAAGUAUUGCUGUUGAAGAUGAAAACUCAACUUAUGUUGGCCUGUCGCGUCACUUUGUUUUCUUUGGCCGUAUGUACCACCAGCUCUAUGUGAAUAACAACGGGCAUCUUUCAUUCAUCCACCCAUCAACAGAUUUUAUUCCUGACCCUCCACCCAGCUACAGUGGUGAAGAUAUCAUCGCUCCUCUCUGGACCGACAUUGACGUCAGUCCGAAUGGUUUCAUCUCAUAUAAAGAGUACAUAGAAGGAGAUCUGCUCGCAAACGCCACUCAGGACAUAAACCUUUAUUUCCCCGAUCUCAGUUUUACCGCAACUUGGGUGUUUGUGGCAACUUGGCACCGAGUCGCGUACUUUCUUCACCCCGGCACGGAAUCCUCGUUUCAAGUGGUUUUAAUUUCAGACGGUUAUUUGUCUUUUGUUCUCAUGAAUUACGAAGACAUUGCCUUGACACCAGAUUUGGUGCUGGCUGGUUAUGACACCGUAAACUCUGCGCGUUAUUUUGUCAUUCCUGACUCAAGAGAUGGAAACACCAUUCCGAACCUAAAGAACUCCAGUAACGUAAAUGUUCCGGGUCGGUGGGUCUUCAGGGUGGACAGUGAACAAGAAACUGUCGUUGGACUUCAAAUAAGAGUCACCUCAUAUUCGGAUCUGACAGAGAUUGGAAACAUUCCAUUCAUUUUGGAGAAACUGAAACAAGAGCUGGUUGAUCGAGGUUUUCCAAGCAGCUUGGAGCUGAAUUUAAGAAGGGUGGAAAAGGCAACACCGUAAUGUUAGAAGGGCCAAUGUGUUUUAUGUCAGUGCUGUUUCAAUCAUUGUUUAAUGUCAAGAAAUAAAUCAUAUGUUGCUUUAACAUGCAAUUUAUCACGUUCAUUGUUUAAAAGUCAAGCAACUGCUAAAAAGGAAUGUUGCUCUGCUGGAAGGGAAACAUUUUUUUCUGUCUGUUGUUACCCUUCGGUGUCUCACGUAAUCCACACAAACACAAUCAUACAGUUGUGUAUCUUGUCCUCUGUGUGCUACAGUAAGUUAGAGACAUGACAAUGAGCACCUCUCAUGCCACACAACUCCCAUUAUGACAUUUGAUCUAAUCUCAUGUGAAGUUAUUGGAAGAAUCUGUUUUCUAAUUCUGAAAAAACUUUUCAAACCUGUUGCUCCUGUUUAAUUCCUGUUAAUAAAAGUAUAAUGUAUUUUAUACAAAAAUACCUGCAUGUUCACUAUCCCCUUAAAACAAAGUCUC